AUCACGUGUUUCACUGUAGAAAGUUUGACAAGUUUGUCGACAGAAGUGCUCUGUUUUUCACGCUGUCGCACCUUGAAUGUCAUUCUCUAAUCUCAUUUUCUAACGUUAAUAACGAAAUCGGAACCUCGACCUGGAAUUGCGUCUUUCCUAACAGCGAAAACAUAAAAAUACACUAAACAUGGAAAUCGUGCAGAAAGUCAUGUCGGGUUUUAGUCUUGAUCUGGGACCCGUGAAAGAACCGCUGGGAUUUAUCCGACUCUUGGAGUGGGUUUUCUCCAUUUGCGCCUUUGCCACGACUGGCGGUUUUGUCGGAUCCAGUGUCUUCACCGUAGUCUGUCCCAGUAAACCAGAAGAGGUUACUGCUCAUUUUGCAUAUCCUUUUAGGCUUCCAAAUCAACCAUAUUAUAUUCCUGAUUGCAAUGGGAGCAUGAAUCACACUUUUCUGCAGGGAGAUUACUCCUCCUCAGCUGAAUUCUUCGUCUGUGUGGGUGUCUUCGGCUUCCUGUAUUGUACUUUUACCCUCAUCCUGUACUUGGGCUACCAGCAGGUUUACAGGGAGUCUAAUCGUGGCCCGACCAUUGAUUUCAUUGUGACCGGAAUCUUUGCUUUCUUGUGGCUGGUCUCUUCCUCAGCCUGGGCUAAAGGUUUAACAGAUGUCAAGAAUGCUACUAAUCCUGAUACCCUAAUACUGGCAUGUCCGCAAGGUUUAUGCAAACCCAAAAGCUACCCUGCCAUGGGACGCCUCAAUGCCUCUGUGCUUUUUGGAUUCCUAAACCUCAUCUUGUGGGCAGGAAACUGCUGGUUCAUCUACAAGGAGACUCCGUUUCAUAAACCAGCCAGUCCACCACCCAACACGGAGGGAGUUUCAACCUCUUAGUUAAACAAGACAGGCUCCUUCCUCUCCUCUCAAGUCAUUCAGAAAGCAGAGGAUAUCCCUGUUUGUUAUUGUCGACACAUCGAAAAGAAACUACACUUUAAUAUGCAAAGGCUUCAAAUCAGGCCACUACAUUAUAAAUGCAAAAUAUUCAUAAUUUCUUUGAUUUUUGUUUAUUUCAAUAAUGGUGUCUGUUUUGAUGGCACUGUCAGAAGCAAAUGUUUUCAAACAGGUCAUCUGAAGCAAAGCCAAAAAAUAAACCAAAUUUUAAAUUAAAUCACAUGUCAAAUAGUGUGAAAUGAAGACUUCUGUUAUUGAAGUUUGUGUAUCAUUUUUUAUAAUUUGAGUUUAAGAUUACCUGCAUUUCAAUAACUCUAAAUAUAUUCACUACAUUAAAUCAGACCUCAUGAAACAGACAAGCGCUUGUGAAUUGCGUCCGCGAGCACUAACUCUCAGCAACCCUAAUAUCUUACUGUAGACAUUUAAAGCUUGCCUUUCUGUGCAUUUUUUUUUUUUUUUUUUACUAUUUAUUUGUUUAAGUGCCUUUUCAUUUAUGUUCAUGAUAGGCUAUUUUGUCAUCUAAGUCACCUUGUCAGGGAAGGACAAACUGAAAUUCUUUCAGCCAUAUAGUUUGUAAUAUUAAGUCUGUUUUAUAAUUUUUUUAGUUGAGUCUUUGGUUAACGUGGUAUUUGGUAACAAAUUACUUUUCCAAAGGCCGGUAGAAAAAUGCUUUUUUAUUUUUUUAAUUUUUUUUGUCUUCUGUUGUUAUUUGUUUUAGGCUCUUGGGCUGAAAUGUAUAUUUUCAGAAAGAAGUUUAAUUUUGCGCAUCUCUAUCUUGUUUUACCAUCUUGUAUUUUUUACAGAAGAAAGUGUGGGUAGGCAUUCGGUUUAAUCAUGGCGAGUAGAAUCAUUUGUUAAUGGUGACUGUGUGGAGUUCUGUUAAAAAAAAAAGUAUUGGUAUUUGUUUUUCUUUUUUAAUCAGAAAAUAUUUCUGUCUUUUAUUAAAUCCUUAUAUAGUUGUUUUAAUCAUCAGAAGAAAACUUUGGAUAUUCAUUGCCACAUCUAAUCUUAGCCAGUUGCUGGGUCUGUCAACAUAAUUGAGUGCAAAUAGGCUUAAACAUAUUAAAUUAUUAAUAUAAAUUGCAUCAGAUUGUAGGAAAUGUAGUUCAGUGUUUAAUUGUGAUUAAAGGGAAAAAAGUAUGACUUGCCAUCAAAAAUCUCAAAGUCUUUCUUCUGGUCACAUGUUGACUCUGAGAAUAUUUUGUUGUCUUGGAGAAAUCCUCAAAGUUAGUUUUUUUUUUUGGGGGGGGGGGGGAAUCUUCAGAUUGACUUUUGGAAAAUAUAGGCCUGUAUUUUUGUUGUGUUUUGUGUCAGGAAAAUAUUUCCACAAAGGCUGUUCGCAGCUUUGGUUAGUAUUAAAAGAGACCUGAUAAUUUUGUCGUGUUUUAUUUCCAAAAGCCUGCUGUUUACUUGAUAACCACUAGAUGGUAGUAUUGUAAACGCAAUAAAAACCAUCCAUUUAAAUCCCACUGGUGUCAACAUUUAUUGUAGGCUCAAGUUAAUAACACAUUUGGUAAAUGCAGCAGUCAACACGAGGAUGAUAGACGUGUAUCGUUGAUACUCUCCAUUCAUUCUUAAAUUUGAAAAAUGAUUAUGGUUGAACUAUAACACCAAAUGUUACUGAAACUAAACGAAUGAAGUGAAACAACACUAACUACGUAUAUGUUAGACUAAUUGUUAACAAAACACGAGUAUUUUAAGCAGGCGUUGUUGUACUUUAGUGAAUCUUGUGGAAACGAAAUUAAUGUCUGGAUCAUAUUUCAACCCAACAUCCGGGAAAGGGAAAAAAAAACAAAGUUAUAUAGUGAGUUUAGGACCAUCAAGAUUUUUUGCAUUGUGACAUUAUUUUCAUGACAAUCUUAUUCUCAUUACUGUAAUGUAUUACAAAUAAAUAAUACAUAUUCAAA